AUGAUCUGGGGUGUUUUGCUAUGCUGCCUUCUGACGCGGGCUCGCGAUUCCGGAGCGGAGGAGAGACUGCCUUUCUUCCACGGGCAUGUUUUUGAAAACUCGCCGGCUGCGUCGAGGGUGAACGGCUUGAGCAUUCCGGCGAAGCGCAUCGACGCGCCAAAAUGGUGCCCGGAAUCCGGGAUGCGCUUGAAGCUGCGCGGGAACGGAAGCGAAGACUUCCGCGCCUUCGCGCACCACAGGCGCGGGAACAUAUUGCUGAAAACUUGGCGGGUUCUGGACAGAGAGGACCGCUCCGAAUACCGGCUGGCCGUGGCUCUGUGCUGCCGGACGUGCGCGUCGGAGAACGUCUCCUUCGCGGUCGCGUCCGUCAAAGUAGACGUCUUGGACACCAACGACCACCGACCCACGUUUCGCAAUGCAGACAUCCACAUAAGUUUGGACGACACAACUCCUCUCCGUAGCGCGGUUUACGCGCUGGAGGCUGUCGAUGCGGACAGCGGGAAAAACGCAGAAGUGACGUACACGUCGUCCCCCCAGAAUGCCAGUUUUUACGUUGUCCCGAAAACGGGCGAAGUCCUGCUGGUGGACUCUAUCCUGGGACUGCCCUCCAAAGUCCAGCUCUGUGUUUAUGCCACAGACCACGGGUGGCCCUCUCUGACCAGUGACAGAGUGGUGCUCACCAUCACCCCACGCCGGUGGAGCGCGGCGCGCCCCGCUCCGUCAGCACACACGGCAUUACGGGCCGGGCGGUCGCCCAGGGCUCUGCUAGACUCUGACGAUGUGGUCUCCCUCAACGUGUCCGAGGAUGCCAGCGUCGGGUCGGUCAUCUUGAACCUUGGUCCUGCCAGAUUUCAGACAGCCUCCUAUGAGUUGAUUCACCCGGAACCAGAGGGCACCCCGGUUACCGUGGGGCGCGACAGUGGAGAUAUCACGAUAGCCAGGCGUUUGGAUAGGGAGACAGAGCCCCUCGUGGAACUCACAGUUAAAAUUCAGGAUAAACGAGGCCCGGACUGGUACCUGAACAAGGUGAAACUGAAAAUCACCGAUGUUAACGACAACCUCCCCGAGUGGAACAUGGAGCCGUACCCCUACCUGGCUGUGGUCUCCCCCGAUGCUCCUGGAGACACAAUGGUCUACCAGCUGCAGGCUGCCGAUAAGGACGAGGGUAGCAGCGGUGAGGUGGAGUACUUCCUGUCCGACGGAGGCGACGGCUGCUUUGCAGUAGACAAGGACACGGGCCAGGUGGUGACCACAGGUCUCGUCCUUCAAAGGGACAGGGAGUAUUUGCUAAGCGUCGUGGCCCUCGACGGCCUGGGCAGCCGCAGUGCCCCCGCCAUGCUGUCCGUGGUGGCCGGGGCACGGGCUCCCCAGUUCAUCAACACAACCUACGCCAUCUCCAUACCGGAGAACACCCCCGAGGGACAGCCCUUCUUGGUGGUGUCUGCAAUUUCCUUUCAGAAGGAGCCAGUCUCUUACAGCCUGCUGAUCAAUCCCAGCAGCCUUUUCAGCAUCCAGCAGGAAACCGGGGGGAUCAGCCUGACGCGGACUCUGGACUAUGAGAUCGAUCAGCAACGCUACCUAUUGAUGGUGCGGGCCAGCGAGGACUCCAGCGGCCUAAGCACCGCCAUAGAGGUUCAGGUGUUGAUAACGGAUGAGAACGACUGUGUCCCGGAGUUCCUCCAGUCCAUCUACAGUGUGGAUGGGGUUCCUGAGACGGUAACCACGGCAACAUCGCUGCUGCAGGUUUUGGCUACUGACUGUGACUCGGGGCUGAAUGCUGAGCUCACCUAUUACACCCUGAGUCCAGACUUCAGCAUUUCAGCCCAUGGGACCAUCUUCCCUGCACGCUUGCUGGACUAUGAAAGGCCCAACCAUCUGUAUGAGUUUGUGGUGAUGGCAGUGGACAACGGGGAGGAGCCGCAUUCGGGCACCACCACAGUCCGUGUCAGGAUGUCGAACGUUAAUGAUGAGGCCCCUGAAUUCUCCCAGCCCGUAUAUCGGACAUUUGUCUCUGAGGACGCUGGCCCAAAUACCCUGGUUGCCACAGUGCUGGCCAAGGACCCAGAUGGUGAUGGAAUUAUCUACUCAAUAACAGCGGGCAACGAGGAGGGCAACUUUGUCAUUGACAGCCAGAAAGGGUUGAUUCGUCUGCGCUCAACACCUUUACCCAAGCUACAAGGACUGGAAUAUGUCCUGAAUGUAACGGCCACUGACGACAACGUGUCUGGGGGGCCUCACCCUCUCUCCUCCACGGCCCGUGUCAUUGUUGGGGUUGAUGAUGUCAACAACAACAAACCCAUAUUUGAGAAGUGUCAGCAGUAUCGUGAACAGGCCUCGGUGCUGGAAAACCAGCCAGCGGGGACUUUCGUAUUGCAAGUGCAUGCCAUGGAUGCAGAUGAGGGAGCAAAUGGAAAAGUCAAAUAUGGCUUAAUGCACAGAGACAGUGCCAUGCCUGCAUUCAGAGUUCAUCCCGACACAGGAGUGAUUGUGACAGCCAGGCGGUUUGACAGGGAGCGUCAAAGGGAAUACUCCAUUACCGUUACGGCCACGGACUGGGCAGAGGAGCCGCUCAUUGGCAUCUGUCAACUCAAUGUCCAAAUAGUGGACCAGAACGAUAACAGCCCCCAGUUUGAGAAUCUGCGCUACGAGUACUUUCUCAGAGAGGAUACCAUGAUUGGUACCAGUUUCCUGCGGGUGGCAGCACAUGAUGACGACUUCGGUACUAAUGCCGCCAUCACCUACUCCAUGUCGCUGGAGCAGCCCGAGUACCUGAAGGUCAACCCCAUCACCGGCUGGGUCUAUGUUAACCAGCCCAUAUCACAGAGGACCUACAUUACACGGGACAUUAUUGCCACAGAUGGAGGAAACCGGAGUACUUCUGUGGAGCUGGCAGUCACAAUUACCAAUGUAAAGAACCAGCCACCGCAAUGGGAAAAAGACAGCUACAACGUGGUUAUCCCGGAGAACACAGCCAGGGACACACCAAUAGUGACAAUCAAAGCCACCUCUCAGCUGGGUGAUCCAAGAGUGACCUAUAACCUCGAGGAGGGCAUGGUCCCAGAGACCAACAUGCCGGUACGCUUCUACCUCUCCCCCAACAGAGAAGAUGGCUCUGCUUCCAUCUUGGUGUCUGAGCCACUGGACUACGAGACCACAGCCUUUUUCUCUCUCCGGGUUCGGGCUCAGAAUGUGGCUGCCGUGCCCCUUGCAGCAUUCACCACCGUUUAUGUCAAUAUCACAGAUGUCAAUGACAACGUGCCAUUUUUCACCUCCUCCAUCUAUGAGGCCUCAGUGACAGAGGGAGCCCAGAUAGGGACCUCAGUUCUUCAAGUGUCUGCUUUUGACAAGGACUUGGGUCUUAACGGAGAGAUAACUUAUUCUCUCUUGAGUGAUAGCAGUGGGGACCACAGUCUUUUCCGUAUAGACCCAAAGCUUGGAAACAUCUACACAGAGGCUGUCUUUGACCGCGAGGCCCGCAGCUCCUACUUGCUGGAAGUUCAGUCGGAGGAUGGACUGGAGUCAGCGCGACCUGGAAAAAACAAGCAGCCAAACUCAGACACAGCAUAUGUACGAGUUUUCAUCAGCGACGUCAAUGACAACAAACCGCUCUUCGCUCAGCGGCUAUAUGAAGUCGGCGUUGAUGAGGAUGCAGAUGUGGGCCUGACAGUUGCCACUGUUAGUGCUAAUGAUGAAGAUGAAGGGGCCAAUGCCAAGCUGCGCUACCAGAUCAUGUCUGGCAACACAGGCGGCGUUUUUGACAUGGAGCCGGAGGUGGGCACUAUCUUUAUUGCUCAACCGUUGGACUACGAGCGACAGAAAAGAUACAAACUUCUUGUCCUGGCGUCAGAUGGGAAGUGGGAGGACUAUGCUGCUGUGGUAGUCAACGUGGUUAACAAGAAUGAUGAGACCCCAGUGUUCUCUAUGAAUGAGUAUUAUGGCUCAGUCACAGAGGAGCUGGAUGGGUCACCUGUGUUUGUACUACAGGUUACAGCCAACGAUCCAGACAAAGAUGCAGACCAGGGGGCCAUACGAUACUCUAUUCAUGGUCAGGGGGCGGAGUCUCACUUCAUGAUCAAUGAUAUUACAGGGGAGAUGUAUGCCCAGCGGACCCUGGAUCGCGAGGAUCGUGCAGUUUGGCGCUUUGUUGUCAUGGCGACAGAUGAGGAAGGAGAAGGACUCACUGGCUUCACAGACGUCAUCAUCAGUGUAUGGGACAUUAACGACAACGCACCAACCUUCUCCUGCUCACCUGACAACUGCCACAGCAGUGUGGCAGAAAAUUCUCCCCCUGGAACAUUUGUAAUGGAAAUGACAGCGAUUGACCUGGAUGAUGCGGCGGUGGGUCAGAAUGCCAUCCUUACCUACCGGAUAGUUGAGAAUGCCCACAACACACAUGACGUUGACAUUUUUGCCAUUGACUCCAGCACUGGCACAAUAUCUGUAGCAGCAGAGGGUCUGGACCGGGAGGCAGUAGAGAGCCACCAUCUCGUGGUAGAGGCCCAGGAUGGUGGGGGCAUGACAGGCACAGCAACUGCCACUAUAGUGGUAACAGACAUCAAUGACCACAGGCCAAAGUUUAAAGAGGACUGGUGUGGGGCUCGUGUCUCUGAGAGCAGUGGUCUAGACACUCACAUCCUGGAUCUGAGUGCUGUCGAUCCCGACACCGGCACCUAUGGGCAACUGGCGUUCACUGUGGUGGCAGGAGACCCUGAGCAGAGGUUUUACAUGGUGAGCCACCGGAUGGAGCAGAGUGGCACCCUGAGGCUUAAGAAGAAACUGGACUAUGAGAAACCAGGAGAGCAGCGAUUUAACCUCACGAUCAAAGUGGAAGACUCUGACUCUUUCAACUUCAUCCACUGUCUGGUUCUAGUGGAGGACGAGAACGAUAAUGCUCCUGUGUUCACUCCCAGCUCCUACGGGCUUUCUCCUCUCCCUGAGGAUGUGGCUGUGGGAACCACUGUUAUUCAGGUUGUGGCUAGCGACGCCGACUCAGGGCUGAAUAGUGAUGUUUUGUACAGCAUCUCACCUGAGUCUGACCCCUAUGGCCAUUUCACAGUCAGCAGAGCUGGUGCGGUCAUGGUCGCUGGCCCCCUGGACAGGGAGACGGUGCCUGUGUAUGAGCUGGUUGUCAUAGCAACUGACCAGGGUACCCCAGCUUUGACUGGCAGUGCCACGAUACACUUGCCACUGCUUGACAUGAAUGACAAUGGUCCAGAGCUCGAGGCUACCUACACUCCCGUUGUGUGGGAAAACAGCCCCGCACCUCAAGUGGUCUGGCUCAACCGCACCUCAUCACUGCUGCAGGUUGUGGACAGAGACUCCCCGGAUCAUGGGCCUCCUUUCUCUCUCUCCCUGUCGCCGCUCUACACGCCUGACUUCCACCUGCAGGACCACGGGAAUGGCUCUGCCACACUCACAGCACUGCGGAGGUUUGACAGGGAGAGGCAAAGGGAGUUCUACCUGCCGGUGAUUAUGAGUGACAGCGGCCAACCACCAAUGACAGUCACAAACACGCUCACCAUCACCAUCGGUGACCAAAAUGAUAACGCCCAUCAGGCAGGGGAGAAGGAUGUGUAUGUGCAUAGUCGCAAGGGAAGGAUGGCUACUGCAGUGUUAGGAAAGGUGUAUGCCCCGGAUCCUGAUGAUUGGGACAACAAGACCUACACCUUGGAAACAAGUGCAGCCAAAUACUUCAGUCUGAACCACACCUCUGGAGAAUUGACCAUUCAAAAGAACACCCCGGCCGGAAGCUACUGGUUGAAAGUGGUGGUGUCAGAUGGAGUGUGGCCUGAUGUGAUGUCAGAGAUCAGAGUUCAUGUCAAAGAGCUGGAGGAAAAGGCCAUCCUGUCAUCCGCCUCCCUGCGUUUAACUGGCAUCACAGCUAAAGAGUUUAUCGACUCCCGCGUCUGGGGAAAGAGUCAACUGGAGUCGUUUUGGGACUUCCUCUCCGAAUCCCUGUCCGUCAAACCAGGGAACAUUAACAUUUUCAGCAUAGCAGAUAGAGGAGAGAAGACAGUGGACAUCCACUUCUCCGCGCUAAGUGAUGCUGGCUACCUGCUCCCAGAGAAACUGCACGGUUACCUCGCUGCUCAUAAAGAGAAGCUGCAGUCAAUUCUGCAUGUCAAAGUAAGCCAGGUGCAAGUAGAUGAGUGUGUGUAUGCCAAUUGCAAGGGAGCCGGUGGGUGCUCCACACACCUAAGCGUCAGUGACUCGCCCACCCUGGUGGACUCUGGGAGUUUAUCCUUGGUCUCGGUGAGAGUGAUGUCUCUGGCUGCGUGCGGCUGUUCUGCCCGGGAACUGGACCAUCAGCUGUGCUCCGCCUAUGCCAGCAACCCCUGCCUCCACGGAGGAACCUGCAUCAACACCCAAAACGGCUACAGGUGCCGGUGCCCCCCACAGUUUGAUGGUCCGGAGUGCCAGCAGACGAGACUUAGUUUCCAUGGCAAUGGCUAUGCCUGGUUUCCUCCCAUAAGGCCCUGCUUUGAUAGCCAUCUCUCUGUGGAGUUUAUGGCAGAGGAGGAUGACGGGCUGUUGUUGUAUGCUGGUCCACUGGCCACUCUGCUACCCGGGGACUCUGAGGACUACAUGGCCAUAGAACUGAUUGGUGGAACACCAAGUCUGAAAAUUAACCAUGGAUCGGGAACCUUGGUCCUCCAAUUGCCGAGCAACAUUGCGGUGGCCGAUAGGCGUUGGCAUCGCCUUGAUGUGAGGAGCAAUAGCAAAGAAGUGCGCUUCACUCUUGAUCGAUGUUCCAGUGCCAUUGUCAUGGAGACAGAAGGCGUUAACUCAUGGGCCAUGACGGAAGAUCGCUCUUCUUGUGAGAUCAGAGGGGUCACGCCCAAUAGAGACAGGUACCUGAACGGAAGUCAUGUAUUGCAACUGGGAGGGGUCAAUGAGAACAUAUCAUAUGAAUAUCCACAACUACAGUACAAACACUUCUCUGGAUGCAUUCGCAACGUGGUUGUGGACAGCAAGUUCUAUGACCUUGGCUCUCCAGCUGAAUCCAUCAACACUUUGCCAGGGUGCUCUCUUGUUGAUGGCCACUGCACCAACAUGGAGCAACUUCCUUCCUGUGGCAAGAAGGGGCAUUGUCAAGGGGAAAGGGGCUCCUUCAGCUGUCUAUGUGAGCCUGGAUAUACGGGGCCACAAUGUGACCAAGUCGCUCCAGAGGUUUCCUUUGAGGGGCGGAGCCACAUUCAGUUCCAGCUCACAUGGUCCCUGCCUGCACGACAGACACGGGUUCAAGUUGCUGUCCGCACUCGGGCUGUCAGCGGCGUCAUCCUCAGCCUUCUCUCCCAGGAACAGAACGAGUACUUGCAUCUGGAGGUAUGUCAGGGUCUGCUGUCUGUCUUUUACAACCUCGGAGAUGGGGACUACAAUCUUACACUGCCUAACCAACGCCUUGACAAUGGAGACUGGCAUGAGGUGGAGCUGGAUCGCUAUGGCAGAGAGUUUACUCUGCGUUUGGAUGGAGGCGGCGGGAGGCGAGAGGUUACGGCCUUUCCAGGUCGAAGUCAGGAGAUCAUUAUUGACCAGUCGGUGGUGAUGCUCGGGAAUUAUUUCCCCUCUGGACACAACCGAAGCUUCCUAGGCUGUAUGCGGGAUUUGAGGCUUAACGGACGCUCUGUGCCUCUAGACAAGCUGCAGCCCUCAGAGGGUCUUCAGGUGGUCAGCUCGCAGGGCAUCACCCAAGGCUGCCCCUCGAACGCCUGCAGUAAACACCACUGCUCUCCUCCCCUAAUCUGUGUGGACCUGUGGAGACACCACGAGUGCAGGUGCCCUCCAGGCCACAUGACCAAAGAGACUUCCGUGGGCAAGGUGUGCGUCUACACACUCUGCGCCAGCCGGCCUUGCCACCACGGUACCUGUGUGGCCCACUCCCCGUCCCGGUACUCGUGCCGCUGUAGCGAGGGUUACCAGGGGCGACACUGUGAGGUGAGGCUGGCCAGGUUUCACAACAAGGACGGCAACAGCCUCAGUGUCAGCUCCAUGUUCGCCAUCAGCAUAUGCGUCAUGGCCUUCCUAGUCUUAAUGUUAGGACUGUUCCUGUACUCCUGCUGGCGGAGACAUAAAGGUCUGAAGGAGGGGGUGUACCAUGUGUCGGCUCACCAUGGAGAGUGGGAGGACAUCCGAGAAAAUGUGCUCAACUAUGAUGAGGAAGGUGGUGGGGAGCAGGAUCAGAAUGCCUUUAAUAUGGUUGAGCUGCAGCGUUCUCUACAGCCCAGUCCAGCUCAGUCUCUUCGAUACAGCUACCCACAAUGCAUCAUCUCUUACCCGCAGACAAAGCCAUCACAGGACAACAGCAAGAAGGCAACAAUGCCCAAUGGGACCGGCAGCGCAGCCAUCGCCCUCCGUUUGGCCGUUCCCCCCUCUGAGACAGAGACCCUGCCGUCCCCUCUGACCUUCCGCCGCUCCCAGAAGAGCCAGUCCUUCUCAAGCCAGGAUCUGGCCCGAUACCUGUGCGAGAUCAUCAGAGACAUGGAGCAACCAGGGGAGUCUGGCACCAUGACCACACCUCGCCGUCCGUACGGAAAGGAACGAGGCCUGGCGGCUGUGCGCUCCCUCAGCUCCCUCAGUGCAACUCGGGAGUCUGAGGACGGGUUCCAAGGAGCCCGGGGUGGGGGAGGCAGGGUGCCGAGCCCCCGACUAGACAGGUUCAAAACCCUCCGAGCUGUGAUUAGUGACUUAAGAGGAGACUCUGCUAUCCACUCCAAGAAUCCAGAGGACCACAGAGACAAACUGAAGGAGGGCAGAGGGCAGCCAAACUGUGAGAAGAGUGGGUAA